AGCUCUGGCAGCAUUUGAUGACGUUUGUGAUCUGAAACACAAAGCCGCGUGAAAAUGCUAUUCUACUCGUUUUUCAAGUCUUUGGUCGGCAAAGAUGUUGUGGUGGAGCUUAAGAAUGACUUGAGCAUAUGUGGAACAUUACACUCAGUAGAUCAGUAUCUGAACAUCAAAAUGACAGAUAUCAGUGUCACUGAUCCAGAGAAAUAUCCACACAUGUUGUCAGUAAAAAACUGCUUCAUCCGUGGAUCAGUGGUGCGGUAUGUUCAGCUUCCUGCAGAUGAGGUGGACACACAGCUGUUACAGGAUGCUGCACGCAAAGAGGCUAUGCAACAGAAGCAAUGAUGUGUCCGCCCUGGGAAUAGUUUGCUUUUUGUUUUUGCUUUUUCCUGGACCGUUCAAAAGUCAUCUGUGGAGCAUUGUAGAUUAAAUCUAAUUUUCUUACCUGAAGCUACAUAAAAAGUUUGUAACCUGUGUUAUUUUUUUUUUAUCCCUUUUGUCUUUGAGGCAUAAGCCCAAUAAUGAUAGGCUCUGAAAUUUUUUUCAAUGAGUGGUUGAAUACAUUUAAUGAUUGUUUGAAAGGGCCUGCGCUUCACUCACCUGACGAGGUUAUAUUUUAGUUAAGUUCUUCAGACCUACAGAAACGCAGGGAUAAAAAACAUUCUUCCAUUGUCUCUGAUGGAAAAGGCUCAGUUUCAGUUCAGUUGUUUCAGUUCAUUGAUGAACAAAGUAAUACCUUGUAUUGUAAAAUGUUGAUGUCUCUGGUAAUAGUACUAUAAGCAACAGUAAAUGAUUGUUUUUGAAUUUGUGUUGUUUUUUUUAUUUUUAUUACAUCAUGAAUAUCAUGUGUUCUAGUGACAACGUGUAAUUGGAAGUAGCACUGAAUAUAAGAAAAAGAGAAAUC